UGACCACCCGCGUCCUUUCACUAUCCUCAACUCCCUACUCCUCCCACACGCGACCCAAUAUGAAUGACGGCGUCCCACCGCAGAUUCCUAUCACCUAUGAGCCACGACUGAUUCAACCACCACUGGCGCUCAAGCAGAGUUCGGCUUUUUCACAUGGCGACAUCUACAUCUUUGACAUUGCCGCCAACAGCUCUAACCUGGUCGUCUCAGCUUCAAAUCACGAAAUCAAGCUGUAUAACCCAGCAACGCUCGCUAUCAAAAACAUCCUCAAAUUUCAUACGGAUACCAUUACCCAGGUCAAAGCUUAUGGUGAGAAUAUCCUUAUGUCCUCCUCAAAGGACGGCACAGUCGCCUGCUGGGAUCUCAGAACUGAAGGAGGUCCGGUACAGGUCUUCACCACUCCGCAAAAACAUGUGUUAUUGUCUUUUGAUAUCAACUCUUCGGAACAAGUCCUCGCUGCUGGAACGGAACUCAAGGAUUAUGAUGCGAACAUUCACUUUUUCGAUGCUAGGAGCAACACCUCAGCCAUUAUUGCGACGUAUUCUGAAUCCCAUAGCGAGGACAUUACCAACGUCAAAUUUCAUCCAACCAACCCUGUGCGACUGAUGACCGGAUCCGUUGAUGGACUGAUCUGUCAGUUUGAUCUUACGGAUAUGGACGAAGAGGAGGGUCUGAUGGUCGUGUCCAAUACUGGCGCCAGCAUCAACAAAGUAGGGUACUUUGGUCCAAAUGCAGAGUACAUCUACUGUCUAAGCCAUAUGGAGACUUUGUCUCUAUGGAACAGCGAUGAUGCGGACGCGAUCCACCACUUUGGUGACAUUCGUGGUGUCAGUAACCCUGCUCUAGGAUUGACAUUGGAUUACGGAAUCGAUUGCCAUUUCGAAACAGAGACCGGGCGUCUGUUCUUAAUCUCUGGAUCGAACGAGGGUAAUAUCAACAUCCUGCACGUUCAGACAGACUCGCUUCAACUUUGUCAAGUAUUGAAUGGAGGACACAGUGAGAUUGUCAGGAGCACAUACUGGGAUUCCAAGCGAGGAAUUUUAUUUUCAGGGGGCGAGGACGCUAAACUUGGGCUCUGGACCUCUGCCUCAGCUAUAGCCAUGUCCUCGCCUCUUGCAGCCAGCGCUUCGUCAAGGCACAGCUCACCAUUACAACUUAAGACCGAGGGCAAGUCUGCACGGUCAAACCCAUACUAGAUACCGUCGCAUCUGCAUCAAGCAUCUUAACAAUAAUAAUAAUAAAAAACUCCGUCGGAAAAUAUAGUGGUGACCUGGCUUCC